CGGUGGCCGCGGUAAGCGAGGCUGGUUUUGCCCUAGGGAUGGACCGGCAGCUGGCGCAGCUGGGGGGGGACUUGACGACUUCUGGGGAGCCGCAGCUGGAUCCGAAGAAGAUGAAAGCGCUGAAGAACAUCUGCAGGUGUUCUGAUGAACAUAUUAACCAUGUUUACCACCUGCUAAUGUCCCAGUUAAAUCAAGAACAUGCCGAGAUACGUCUUUCAGCGUUUCAGAUCAUGGAUGAACUCUUCACUCGGUCACAUCUGUUUAGAACUUUGCUUAUUUCAAACUUCCAAGAAUUCUUGGAACUGACCGUGGAAACAAACUACGAUCAGCCUCUUCCCCCACCAAGCGAUGUGGCCCAGAAACUUAAAAAAGCUGCCAUUAAAUCUGUACAAGAAUGGCAUGAAAGAUACGGAGAAGCCUACAAGAAACUUUCCUUGGGAUAUUAUUUUUUAAAACAGAACAAGAAGGUAGAUUUUCAAGAUGUACGUGCCAGAACUCUAGCAGAGAGAAAACGAGAUGAAGAGAGGCAAAAACGAUUGGAUAAUAUUUACAAAGAUAAAGCCCAAAAAGCUGAGAAGGAAAUGGAAGAUAUGUCUCAAGAAAUCCAGUCUGUCCUGACUGAGAUGGAGAAUUGUUUUCAGCUGCUGGUGCCAGAUCCCUUUGACUUCAUAAUAAAUGACACUGAAGCAAUUGAUUGGAGGAGAGAUGAAGUGGACAAAACAGCCACCUGUUCAUCAGCGCAGAUGUCAAAUCAGCAAGGAGCUUUCAUGGAUCAUGAUCAGCAACCUUGUUGUAGCAAGGACCUUCCUUCCAUUUCUCUGGUGCCAAAAGCUGAUAGCAGAGACUCCGACAGGGAAAAGGAGAAGAAUGAAGGCACGGAAGGCUGCUUACAGCCCGAAUUGACUUCUCUUGGCAUUGUGGGAGAUGAUGAUUCUGCAACCUUUCUUCGGAGCUACGGCCUUGGCUCUCACAAAUAUACUCUCAGCCUUGAAGUAUCUUCAGAUGUGAAACUAAGUGAGAAUGAAGACAACGCAGCCAUCAUAAAUAGCGUUACAGAUAGUUUUAAGCUCAUAACAAAUAAAUUUUUGCCAUCGGUACAGUCUUGGAUUCAGUUAUUCACAAGGGCUGGGAUAAGUGAUGAUCGCCUAAGACAAGCCAUUGACCUUAAAAAUAAAUUGGAGACUGCUCUGGAGAAGACUAAAAAAAUGAAGAUUGAUUUUAAAGAGAAGAGAAAAUUGAUGAAAAGUACAGAUGAUGAUGAUGAUGAUGAUGAUGAUGAUGAGUUUGUGGAAGUGCCUGAGAAAGAGGGCUAUGAGCCCCACAUCCCAGACCACCUUCGUCAAGAAUACGGUCUAGAACCUGCGGUGCCAACAAAAAAAAUUGUGGUAGGGACUGGAAAGAAAAAAACGGUACCAACGUCCCAGUUCUUAUCCCAAUCUGUAAGAAAUGAAGAAGAGCUGGACCCGACCUGUGCUGCGGCAACAUGGAAAAUUCUCCGAGAGAAACUGUCUAGAUUGCCAACUACAGAUGAGAGGGAUUGUGAACCAACAACAUCAAAGGCGCCCAACAGUAAACGUGAAGAAGACAAAGCUAAAGCACCUCUUGUGCCUUUUGGGAUUGAUCUCUACUACUGGGGCCAAGAGCAACCAACGUCUGGAAAGAUUCUCAAGUUUUCUUCUCAGCAUCGCUUUUGGGCACCCAGUGAAGUAGAAGAAGAAGUUGAAAACAAAGACAUUUCAGAAAUGCUGAAAAGUAGAUACAUAACCUAUGCUGGCAAGUUUGAACCAGUGAAACACAAAUGCCGGACCCCCAUGCCUAAUGGAGGACUUUGUGAAAGGCAGGAUAGAUUUAAG